CCCGAGGCGAAGGAAGAGGAAGAGCAAUGAGCAGCGCGUCGAAGAAAGCCAGCAAGGAUGUCAAGAAGCGGUCGUCCAAGAGGCACCACAGGAGCAAGUCUGUCAAGGACGAGGCUCAACCCCCGGUCGACGCCUUGGUGGAGCUCGAGGUUGCCGGACCAGAGAAGAGCGCCUACGAACACGGCCUCCAGAGGUACUUGAAGGAAGCACCCAGCUUCCUGGACAAGACGGAGAUUUUGACUCCCGACGCUCUUCCGGCCGAGAAGACAUGCUUUCGACGCAACCUGCCCGGCAUCUUGUUUGCGUCGCUGGUGCUGCUCUUCACCAUCGUCGUCUUCGUGGAAGUGGCGGACAAGGGCGGCGGCGCUGAGACGAACUUCUUCUAUCCCACGCCGGAGACGACCACUGUCGCAGGCAAUUCGACGGACGUGAACACUAUCGAGGGCAUACUUAUAGAAGGACGACGUCAACAACUCUUCGCUCCUAAUCAAGAAGCUCGAGAGGAACGAAGCGCCAAGCAAGGGGUCAUCGUGGAAAAUUAAUUGUUGUACUCUCGCUGCAGUUGACUAAAUAUUAUAUUCGUCACCUUUUCUGAGUGGUCACUUCAUAAGCGCUGCGGGUGUAUUGUUAAA